ACGAUUUUGUCAAAGCUAAAAGUACUUGACUAAUUCAAGUAGCAACUUGUUGCACACCUUAGAGUGCAUGCAUGCCAUGAAAACUUAUUAAGCUAUCAGUUGACGCUUAACUGUCGAUUAAAUCAGUUUUAAAUCAAACUUUGAAAGUGAAUUUUUUUUAUUUGUUAUAAAAACUAAAGUUUGGAGUGAAGAGCUUAAGCGUGAGUCGCUUGUGUAUGUGAUAAUAUCCGGAACUCAAAAAAUAGAUUUUUGUGUAAAGAUCACCAAUUGCUCAUCUUUAAAAUUUUAAUAUCUGUGCUGUGUAUUAAAUAACAUCAAGCAUCUUGUGAAUGGAAUAUAGCCGAGGACUUUAAGUUUGAAAAAUAAAUAAUUGCUUUGCACAGCAUCAAGUGAGACGAGGAAGUUAAUAAAAAAUAUCAAACAGAAAUCUUUUUUGAGUGUGUGACUUGUGAAUAUUUGAGGAAUAAAGUCUUAAUUAACAUAACAAGAAUCAUGGAUGCAGAAAAUCAACAUCAAAUUCAAAGACCAAAAGUCAAGAAAAUGUUUAGUUGGUCCGAUGACGCGCCAACAAUUCCUGUCGAGAGCAGCGAGCAGACAAUUGCCACAAUAGAUGAUGGCGGGACGCAAUGGUCGAGACCACAGAAUGCUGUAUCAGUCCGGCAUGCAUUCAAAACAUAUGGACCGAAGUCAAAGCCUAAUCAAGUACUUAAUAAUUUAAAUAUGACUGUAGCCAAAGGAACGAUAUAUGGCCUAUUAGGUGCUAGCGGGUGCGGAAAGACUACUCUUUUGUCAUGUAUUGUAGGAAGAAAACGACUUAAUUCUGGUGAAAUCUUUGUAUUGGGCGGAAAGCCAGGCACAAGAGGCUCAGGUGUGCCGGGAAAACGUGUUGGAUAUAUGCCACAAGAAAUCGCACUCUAUGCUGAAUUUUCAAUCAAAGAAACAAUGAUGUAUUUCGGAUGGAUCUUUGGUAUGCAAACAUCAGAAAUUAUUGAACGUCUUCAUUUCCUGCUCAACUUUCUUGACUUGCCAUCGGAAAAUCGUCUUGUGAAAAAUUUGAGCGGUGGUCAACAGCGACGAGUGUCAUUUGCUGUUGCACUUAUGCACGAUCCAGAGUUGCUCAUUCUUGACGAACCUACAGUCGGUGUUGAUCCCCUCCUACGACAAAGUAUAUGGAAUCAUUUAGUGCACAUUACAAAAGCUGGACAAAAGACAGUCAUCAUUACCACACAUUAUAUUGAAGAAGCACGACAAGCACAUACUAUCGGUUUGAUGAGAUCUGGACGUCUCUUAGCCGAAGAGUCACCACAAGUUUUAUUGUCUAUGUACCGAUGUUCAAGUCUUGAAGACGUCUUCUUAAAAUUAUCUAGAAAACAGGGACAACAGCAGCAAGCAGCAUCAGAGUUAAACAUAAGUAAUAACAUUUCAUUAUCAGCAUUGGCAUUUGGUAAUAAAAAGGAUAAUCCCGUGUAUAUAAGUCAAGAAAGCGGAGUUAUAGGUUUAAAUUUUCAUCAAAGUAAAGAAGUCUUAAUUAGUGAGAGCAAUAAUGGAUCUACAUAUGGAUUAAAUGGAAGCACACCUGCACUUCCUGCUGCUCAAAACCAGUCAGCUAUCGAAUGUGAUGAUUGCGGCGUAGAUUGCUGCAAUUUAACAACUCGCGGUAAAAUUCGUGCCUUGCUACAGAAAAAUUUCUUACGUAUGUGGCGAAAUGUAGGUGUUAUGCUGUUCAUUUUUGCUCUACCCGUUAUGCAAGUUAUCCUCUUCUGCUUGGCUAUUGGACGUGACCCUACUGGAUUAAGAAUUGCUGUCGUUAAUCGUGAAAUGAAUGCUUCUGGUGAAUGUAAAUAUGAGAAAGGCUGUUCAUUUUCGAAUUUAUCGUGUCGGUAUCUGGAUCAUUUAAAUUCGAGCAUAAUACAGGAAUACUAUGAUGAUGUGGAGUCGGCGAAAAUGGCUGUUGCUCAAGGAAAUGCGUGGGGUGCGAUGUACUUUACAGAAAAUUUCACAGAUGCACUUGUCGCUCGUAUCGUUCUUGGACGUGAUGCAGAUGAUGAGACAUUGGAACAAUCGGAAAUUCGUGUAUGGCUGGAUAUGUCUAAUCAACAGAUUGGUAUUAUUCUUAAUCGGGACUUGCAAUAUUCGUACAGAACAUUUGCUCAAGGCUUACUUGAGGAUUGUGACAAUAAUCCAAAACUUGGUGACGUUCCCAUUCAAUUCAAGGAACCAAUUUAUGGAACAAAUGAGCCAUCCUUUACUGACUUCGUCGCUCCUGGUGUUAUUUUGACCAUCGUUUUCUUCUUGGCUGUUGCAUUGACAUCAUCUGCUCUGAUUAUUGAAAGAACUGAAGGUUUACUAGAUCGUUCAUGGGUUGCUGGAGUUACACCAACUGAAAUUCUCUUCUCGCAUGUCGUGACACAAUUCGUUGUCAUGUGUGGUCAAACAGCUUUGGUUCUUAUCUUCAUGAUCCUCGUCUUUGGCGUGACCAACAACGGUGACAUCUUCCUCGUAAUUUGCCUCACAAUUCUUCAAGGUCUUUGCGGUAUGUGCUUUGGAUUUGUCAUCUCAGCUAUUUGUGAACUCGAGAGAAAUGCCAUUCAAUUGGCUCUUGGAUCUUUCUAUCCAACACUCUUGUUGUCGGGUGUCAUUUGGCCUAUUGAAGGAAUGCCAUAUAUUUUAAGAAAUAUCGCUGUUGGAUUGCCAUUAACACUCGCAACAUCUGCAUUGCGAUCAAUAUUAACACGUGGAUGGGGCUUCAUGGAAUUCGAGGUGUACAUGGGAUUCGUAGCAACAAUUUCAUGGAUUCUACUGUUCUUAAUCAUCACAAUGGUGUCCUUAAAAUUAAAACAAAAUUAAGAGAAUUUUUUAGAAACUUUAUUAAAAGAAAUUUUUACUUCCAAAAAAUAAGUUACCCUUAAAUCCUGUUUUGUAGAAAAUUUUCACCUUACCCUCACCACUUUACCCUCUAUUGUUAAUUUAUUUUCAAUGAGCCUUUUUUCUAUUCUAUUUGAAUUUUGUUGUUUUUUUUUAUUAAAAAAAAGAAGCCUGACUGUUCUCUUUUAUAACUUAGAUUUUGUACUAGGAUUAAUGAAAAAUGUGUAAAAUUACCCGGAUUAUAGGACAUUCCCCCUU